AUGCCAGGACCCCAGGCAGCACCUCGCGUGUCAGGAUCGACUCUGCAUGGCAAGACCACCAGAAGCAGUGGACUACCCAUCGAAGACAUCAUCAACGACCCAGAUGCAGAAAUAAAAGACACGGACUCAGCAAGAAAAUUCCUAGACCAGCUGUACACUGUACACGGAGACCCGAUAACGCCAGAACACCUGUCCCAAGCCCUGUUCUACAUUUCGCAAAGCAAAACGGUGAACAGCACGACACGAUCGGCCAUUCGAACUACAGCAUAUCUAGUCAGAGACCUAGCAGCGCUGGCAAUAGCUGAAUCUAUAACCAAGGCAGUAUCGAGCAAACUAGAUGCCUCAGUCCUAAUCGCCAUAUCACCGCACAUCGGCAAAAUCAUGUCAACUGCAGAGAAACUCGAAACCGCCAACGAACAAAUCACAACGCUAAGCGCUGAGAUUGCCAAGAACGCUGGAACCCAUGACACCACUGCAGGCGACACGAGCCUCGAACUCCUCGAAGGUAAGGUACAAAAGCUCACUGACGACGUAGGGUCGAUCAAAACUGCGAUAGAAGAAGUCAAAGACCACCUCAAAACCCAAACACCCCCAGCACCGUUCCCAACACCAUACAGAGAUGCCCUAGCCACGUACACCGCUAAUCCGAACCAGAUCCCACUGGGCAAACACCCAACACAGGAACACGCUAAGGCCCACGCUGCUAUCAGAGACAGACAGAUACUGAUCGACCCUGACAGAGAUCACCCAAUAUCCAACGAUUCCACCAAGAGAGAGACAGCCAUCGACCUCAUCAAGCAAGCAAGUAGAAGCAGUAAACAGGGCUAG